UUCUGAUGACAUUAGGAUAAAGCAUAAGCGUAUUAUCGUAUGCGAGGCAUCUGUACUGAGUAUUGCAAUGAUAACCUGAAAGGGUGUGGCUAUGUAGUUAACGAGUAAGACGUGAAGUUUCAUGCGACGUCGAAGUUCCGGUCCGAGGAUUGAGUCAUAGCCCAAGAGAUAAUAUGAGAAGUCCGACGAUGUCAGUCCAGUGGACACCCGAAUUCUUGGCCUACUUACAAGGGAUCUCCACGUUGAGGUGGCAAAUUGGGGAGAUAGGGGAUAAUAUCAAUGCAGCAGAGGAACCAUUCGCGCAGGGCAGGAACAGCCAGCACGGAUGGCAUUCAGAUUUGCGCGAUGUCGAAAGGGUCGCAACCGACCGUGACAGCUGUGGUAAUCAUGGAAGUCAGCCUUGCAAGGAACGUCAGUGGUCUGUUGUAAGAAGGUUUGCGAAUACCCAGAGAAGGCUCAUUAACGCGGAGAUAGUGGGGUAUCCCUUCCGAAUCAGCGUGACAUGUGUGCUAGCCGAUCCAAUGGUUGCCCAUACCUCUCAAGUUUUAGGCAUUAACGGACGUGACAAGGAUCUGUCAAUAUUUCAAUGGUUAUUGAUUAUCGAUUAUCACCUACGUAACUUCGAUGUUCAACUUUGGAGUAUGGAGAACCAAUGGAAAACCACUGGGAAACCUGUUAGAAACACUCGUGCGACAUAUAGUCUCCGGUUGACCGGUCAGAUCUCAGACUUAAUCCAAACCGUCGCAUGUCACCACAAAUACGCCGUAACUUCGGGAAUUGUUGUUCAAGCACUGCAGGGUACAAUUGUAUAA